GCCAAAUUUGAGAUCGGUUUGUUGUUAACGCGCGAGAUUAAGAAGAGAACGAGACACCAGACAGCUGAAAAUGACUAACGUUUUGAAGAAUUCGCCGCAUAAGAUCAUGCCUAACACUGAAAUUCGAUCACCAGUUCGACCACCAAAAUUAUCGUUGACGCCUUUAAGUCCUGUGAGUCCUGGAAUCUGCUACUUUUAUCCCUGGAAAUGGUCGGAGAGUGCAGGUAACGUCGAGCUCAGCCCAUCUGCCAGCAGCAGUUCUUGCGGGGGCUCGCCUCCCGUCGAACGAGGGUCAAGUAGGGGGAGACCGAGGGCAGAGACAGUGGCAGAGUUGCAGAAGGCAGGGAGCAGUGAAAUCCGUCGAGAUGUUAUUCAGUGUAUUAUUUGCGAUCGGAUCUUUCCCCGAGAAAAGUCAUUAACAGCACACCUUCGAACACAUACAGGAGAACGUCCAUAUAAGUGUGACUAUCCAAACUGCAACCGAGCUUUUGUUCAGAGCGGUCAGUUGAAGACCCAUCAGAGAUUACAUACAGGAGAGAAACCAUUCGCUUGCUCAGUUCCAGGUUGUGAAUCCAGAUUCACGCAUGCAAACAGACAUUGUCCGGAGCAUCCGUAUGCCGGCCUUCGUCGAGAGACUACACAAGUACAGGUGGAUGAAGUCAUCAGGACCGAUGAGAACAGUGAAGAAGUUGCCGAAUGGUUACAGAAGUAUCAAAAGAGACAAGUAGAAGCCACUCUUUACAGUUCAUCAAGCCCACUCAUGAGAACACCCACAUCCAGACGACCCAGGGAUACAAACACUCGUAAGAGGCUCAGGACCGAGAGCAUGGAAUCUAGUGACGCGGGCGAGGAGACGACACCAAAGCGUGGACGGAGACCGAUGGUGAGGCAGCUUAUACGAGAACAACAACAAGAGCAAAAGGACAAAUUAUUAGGGGCUAUGGCCCUUAUUGAGCUCGCACAAAAUACAUUCGGAAACUUGCAGUCGAUCUCUGAAAACUAGACUUGAGAAUGAAUUCUAGCUCAAAAAGGAACAUUUGAUGUGAUAUUUUUAUAUUCUGGCUGUGACAUGUGGUUUUACAGCCUUUGAGGAGAUGUCUGCAUGGAAGUUUUCAAGUAGAUGAUGUUGAGACCAAACUCCUUCCCAUCAAAACAAACAAAUUUUCAUUUUAAAGACUGAGCAUGACCAAGAUGAAGACUUCAUUGUAACAUGUUUUUACAAGUGGGCACAGUUAAUUUCUUUUACUUUUUACUUUGUCAUAUUUAUGAAUCAUAUUACAGACGUUUGUUAUUUCCAUUGUAAUCAUGCAUAAAUAUAAAUUUUCAAAUACAUAGGAAUUAUGGCUCUGAGAAAGUGUAAAGGGAGAGUUUCUGUUUUUUCUUGCCUUCAAAAUUCCCCUUUUUACCGACAAUAUUCCUGAGGUAAUUUUUCCAAAAAAGAAAAAAAAUCCCUUUUCUUUGGUACUCACUCUGAAUGCCAGUGUGGGGGAAGGGGUUGGGAAGGGGAUGUCAUCUGGAGAUUAGUUCUCCAGUGCAUUGUUGGAUGAGAAUCAUAUCUGGGGGAUUUACUAUGAUCAGAACCAAAUCUUUCACUAACAGAGUAUGUUUGCUGUGCAUAUUUUCAUUAAAAAAAACCCCAAAACAAACAUGGUUGGGAUAGAACAGGAUAUUUUCUGCAUUUUCUCUUUAUUUAUUAAAAUUGUAUUUUAAUAUAGUGGAUAGAUGAUUGCAUGUUAAGGGUACAGUAUGUUAGUUUAUCUCGUGGAUAUAACUAAUGUGCUCAUAUAAAGCAAGGUUUUCAAUAUUUAUCACUGCUUUUGAUGUUUGAGAAUAUCUUGAUGGUGCAUGCGUAGAUGGUGUACAUACAUGAAUAUGUAUUCAGGCUUUUGUUUGAUGAACUGAUGAAUUUGUAAUUCUCUUCACUGAUGUCAGAGAUAUAACAAUAUUUUAUUGAAAUCUGUUGAAUGUUAGCAUCUAAAACACUUAGUUUCUCUGUAUCAUUCAGAUUAGGCAUGGGUCAUAUAAUUGAAGUACUCUUACAGCCUAAAAAGCUGUAUUAUUCUUAUAUUUCAAUGCUUCUCAAAAGUUAAAAAUAUACUCAUUUUUAAUUUCAAACUUCAAUGCCUUUUUUUAUGGAUCGUGAUUUUUGCAUUAGUUGGGUAGUACAUUGACGAGCUGCAUAUUAAUUAUUUUUUAAUUUAAAAGAACUAGGUCAAUUAAUUUAGGGGAGUGAGGUCGUGUAGGGGCACGUAGGUCAAAAUGGAUGCUGUACAGCCAAAUGUACUUGUGGAAUAUGGAAGAAGGAUGUAUGUUCUAAUUUUCAAGGUCUUAUAUUGUUUUUUAAAGCAUCAAAUAGUAUAUUUUAUUGUAAUUGUGUACUUGGUGUUUGUAGGUCGUGAUGUUUGUUUUGUCUACAUGUUUUUUUACUGAGUGUAACUCUGUAAAUAUUUAUUUAAUGUAUGUCUUUACAUUGCCAGGUCAAAAGCAAGGGAUUCCUGAAGGACCAUUUUAUUUCUAUUCUUAAAAAAAACUUUCAUCGCUUAUUUGUAACAAAUUUUUUCAGAAAUCAGUCAUUUGUAGUUCAAACAAGCUCACUCCAGUUUUCAUAGAACAUCAUUUUUAAACCUGUAAUUUGAACAUAGACAUUCAUGUCAAUUCUGAAAUGUAAGUGGAACAUUAGAAACAUCUAAAUAAUAAUAAUUGGCAUUUAUAUAGCGCUUUAUCAAUCUACGACUGUUCAAAGCACUUAGCAAUUAUUACCUAGUCACUGGAUUCAUUGUUAGGCUGCUAUGUGAUAGCUUGUUUAUUUUUGUCAGUUAAUGUUUUUAAAUAAGAAUCAGGGUUGGGAAAGAGUUUAAAGAAUUCAGUUUUGAAAAUGGAUCAAAUGCAAAAUAAAAUAAUAUAUAUUUUCUUUUACAGAAACAACCUAUCUGAGUGUUUCUAUAUUCAAAUUUUACAAAUCAUUUGGGUGCAUUUAAAGAUGGAUGAUUUAAGUUGGGCAUUUAAUUUUUCCCUAGCUCCAACACCCUCAAAAGAUCUAAAUUACAUUUAUGUUAGCUAAAAUCCCAGUGAGAAUGAUUCAUCACAGGACAACUUAAUAUCAAAGUGUUGCUGUGUCGAUGUAAACAUAUGCACCACUCCAAACAUCAAAACAAAUACCUAUGCCAUUUACCACUUUUAUUUUUUUUUUGGGGGGGAGAGAGUUGAGGAAUGUGUCUUGAUGUUUUUUUAUAACAAAAUGACUGCGUGUAUAUACUGCAUUUACUUUUAUAUGCCAGGCCAGGGACCCAUUUCAAAGAGACUUGCAGGUAUGGUAACUUAUAUGGUAACUACCAUGGUAAUGUGGCUCAGUAGUCAAUCACAAUCAAGGUUUCCAUGGUAGAUAUAAUAAUGACAAAGUUACAAUAGUUGCAAGAAUUUAUGAAAUGGGCCCUUGGUAUAUUCUGCCUGUCUUGUAUCCAUUAUGCGUGGGACUGUGUAAAUAGUAACAUAAAUGUACAUACAUUGAAUGUAUGAUAUAGAGAAUAAAAUAUGGAUUUAUAUAAAACUGA